AUGUCAGCAACAAAGCAAUACAUCCAAGCGGAAACGUCCUCGCGCAUCGACGCGUGCUUCGGCGGCGUCGUCGUCGAACACGAGAGUCACAAGUUUCAGUAUUACCAGGAUAGGAAUAAACGGUGGCCGUUUACGUGUUCGGAGAAAGGAUACGCGUUACUGACGAAACUGAUGACAUCCGUCACGCCGGUUUUGAAAUCUAUUCGCCAAGAAAUCACGGAUUCCGGGAAGAACAUCGACGAGACGCUGGAGAAAGGCCGCGAGAUUUACGCGAGGAAACCCGCCAUCAAGAACGAAGACGUCACGUGGUCGCAAGAGGAAUACGCCGAUUUGGGGUUGAUUUUUGAGUACUGUCGGUAUAAAUCUAUUCAGAGGUUGACCGAGGCGUGGUCGACGUUCGAGAAGGCGAAGAAGAAGCGCUUGUUUGAGUUUGUGGAUCGAAAGAUACAACAGAUGGACGAGAGAAGACAGAAACCGAGGGAGACGAACGAGUACGACGCGGACGCCGCGGUUGAGGCGGCCAAGGAAGAGGAAGAGGACGUGGAGAAUGUUUUUUUACGCGUGGCCUCUUUAGGCGGGGGACCUGGAUUUGAACUCUUGGCGUUUAAGUGGUUCGUCGAGUACGCUUUUCGAACGAGCUACGACGCGAAGAAACACGGCGACGUGGAGUUGAUCAGCUUGGACAUCGCCGAAAGCUGGGAAAAAAUCUGCAACCAGUUACAACCGAUGAAGUUUUCCGCGUUUGAUUUGGUCAAAGAUGGCGACGCGCUGUUGGAAGAAAAGUGUGGCGGUCCCGUGGACGUCUUGUUGCUUUCCUACGUCGCUAAAAUGUACUGCUGUAACGACGAGUGUUACGAGUGGGUUUCCAAGAAAAUCAACGACCGACAAGUUUCGAUCGCUUUUGUCAUCUCCAGAGACGAGAAAAUGGAAGAGUUUGUUCGCGGUUUCGAGAAGAAAGGUGUUUUAGUGACGCCAUUGAUGGACCAAGCGUUGGGUAAAGACCACCGUUUGUUGGCGUUGACGCGUCGAUUGGAUGAAGACGUCUCCAAAGCCAUCGAAAAGCUCGAAUUAGAAGACAAUAGAAGAAAAAGUAUAGACAAAAAAGUAGUCGCGGAGGACGACGACGGGUGGACCGAAGUCCACAAAGAGAAGGAAAUUCCGCCAACCUUCCCCAACGUCCCGUACGUGGAGCACCGCAAAGCGAAGGUGGACAAGUACCAAAACAAAAAAGCCUCCAGCUACCAUCACCACGACAGAAACAACGGCAACAACCCGAAGAGCGAAUCGUACUCGAAUUUUUCGAGAAACGCGCACGGGAAGGAAGUGUAUUCCAGAGGAGGUGGGCGCGGUGACGGUGGUGGCAGUGGUGGUGCAAAAGGCAGUCGCUGGUAA